AUGAGUGGCCGGAUCAGGGCGCUGGACGCUCAGGUGGUCAACAAGAUAGCUGCUGGGGAGAUUAUUGUGUCGCCCGUAAACGCCGUGAAGGAGCUGCUGGAGAACUGCGUUGAUGCUGGGGCCACACAGGUCGAUUUGCUGCUGAGAGACGGUGGGAUCAAGCUGCUACAGAUUACAGACAACGGGUGCGGGAUCGAGAAGGCCGAUUUGCCCCUUCUGUGCGAGCGGUUCACCACAUCGAAGCUUGGAAAGUUCGAAGACCUCGAGUCCAUCGCGACGUACGGGUUCAGAGGCGAGGCGCUCGCCAGUAUAUCGCACAUCGCAAGAGUUACGGUGACCACUAAAACGGUUUCUGAUCGAUGUGCGUGGAGGAGCGAAUACACGGAUGGGGAAAUGCGCGAUGAACCGGCUCCCGUGGCCGGUCAGGACGGCACGACAAUAUUGGUGGAGGACCUGUUCUACAACGUACCUUCUCGUCUGCGUGCGCUGAGGGGACCCAGCGAUGAGUUCAACAAGAUCCUCACCGUUGUGGGGAAAUACGCGAUCCACUUGAACAACGUCGGGUUCUCGUGCAAGAAGUUUGGGAACGCGCAGUUUUCGCUUACGGUGAGGAAUCAACUGUCCAUGCGGGAAAGGAUCAGAACUAUUUACGGCAGCAAUGUUGCAACUAACCUUAUAGACUUUGAGAUGGACGGCGACGACGAACUGUCCCUCAUCCACGUGGAGGGUCAGGUUAGUAAUCUCAAUUACGCGUCGAAGAAAUCAACUACUCAACCGAUCUUCUUCAUCAACAACAGACUGGUCACCUGCGAUCCGCUCAGGAGGUCGCUACAGCAGGUGUUCACAAACUACCUACCAAAGGGGAAUAAACCGUUCAUCUACUUAAGUUUAUUGAUCAAACCUGAAGUGGUAGACGUAAAUAUACACCCAACAAAGAGAGAAGUAAGGUUCUUGAAGCAAGACGAGAUUAUAGCCAAGAUAAGCCUGCAUUUGAGCGAAAUACUGAAGAAGAUUGAUACUUCGCGAUCGUUCAAGACGUCCACAAUACUGACAGGGAACCAGCCGAUUGGAUUUCUUUCACAAACCACGAGCUCGCAGUUAUUGCAGGACAUGUCCUCAAGAGACCAGAAUCAACAGCAUCAGGCCGGACCAAUCAAGAAACCGAAACGGUACGAACAUAAUAUGGUCAGAACAGACGCAUCCCAAACGAAAAUUACAUCGUUCUUAAGGUCAAGUCAAUACGUUCCUUCACAAUCAACCCGCUUAACACAACGGCAAGAGGAAGGAGAUGGGAUCAAAACGUCAGCAAACGCAGUCGAUCGCGAGAGUACCGAUGCCAUCACGAACAGUCGAAUGGACAAAACGGUGCAAAACGUGGAGACGGUCACUGACACCCCGCAUGGAGAAGACAUGAACAACGGAACUGCCGACUCUCCUCCAGUAACAGUUUUGAGUCAUUCAUCCAACUCAGGGUACACCAUUUCAAAAAAGGAGCGAAUUAGUGUCAAUUUAACGAGUAUUAAGGAAUUACGAGAGGAGGUGGACGCGUCUACCCACAGAGAGCUAACGAACAUCUUUGCAAACUUAACGUAUGUGGGGAUUGUAGAUUCACAGAGACGUUUGGCAGCCAUACAGCACGACUUGAAACUAUUUCUCAUCGACUACGGUGCCGUCUCUUAUGAACUCUUUUACGAGAUUGGUCUUACAGAUUUCGCUAAUUUCGGAUCGAUAAAGUUGAAUGCCAGAGACCACAGUGAGGAUUUGAAGCUAUCCAAUAUACUAAACUCCAAUUUCCCAGAUGUAGAUCUAGCGAUGAAAAAGGGUAUUAUAAAAAAGAUAUGGGAUAUGAAGGAUAUGUUGGAAGAAUACUUUUCAAUUACUAUCGUACCCGAAGUCGGGACAACGGAUGAUAAUGACUCGAUGAAUGAUGUCAGUAUCACCGCAUUGCCUUUACUCCUGAAAGGCUACAUUCCACCUCUAUCGAAAUUGCCAUACUUCAUCUAUCGACUGGGCACAAAAAUUAAUUGGGACGACGAGAAGGAGUGCCUGGGCGGUAUACUAAAACAAAUUGCAUUAUUGUACAUUCCAGAGAUGAUUGAAGACAACACUUCUGAACAACCUGGAGAGGGAACAGUUGAUAUAGAGAAACAAAACAACGUACAGAAAAUAAACGAACUUUCUCACAUUUUGGAGCAUGUCUUGUUCCCGUGCAUAAAAAGAAGGUUUCUUGCACCACGACAGUUGUUGAAAGAUGUUGUCGAAAUUGCAAACUUGCCCGGGCUAUACAAAGUUUUUGAAAGAUGCUGA